AUGGACGUGGCAAAGAGGGAGGAGCGGGAGGCGACCAACGCCCAGCAGAUCCGCAAGAGUUUGCCCAUACAGGUCUACAAGAACGCGGACUUCGAGAAUGCCGAGCGGAGAGCAAUCGACUCCAAGUACGGCAGCGUCCUAGAGACCAGCGAAGCAGUGCCACUGAUGUCUUACCUGAAGGGCGUGCUGGUCACACGCGGGGCCAAGGCCAUACACCCACACAGCGACAACCUGAUCUUCAGUACGGGCAACCUGCACACGACUCGUGACAGCACAAAUAUCAUCACGGGCAUGACCAUGGACCAGCUUUGCAACUACAUCGUGGGCAACCCUGAGAUCGACGCUUGCACCAACGACCUCCUGAUGAACCAGCACGACAGCUUCGCGCACCCCGGAGGCAUCGCGAGCAUGAACACGGUGAUCAUCUUGACGGCGGCGAUGCCGACGAAGGGCAGCAUGGUCAGCAUCUUGGACCACGCUCUGGAAGGCGCAGCCUGCGGCCCGCGCGCGAUGGCCGCGGGCGCGGCCCCCGCACCAGUCGGCCUCGCGGACGUGGUGCGGCUCGAGGUCCGGGGCCUCUCCGGCGACCGCCUCUGCGGCGACCUGGCGGCGCCGCGGGCCGCCGACGUGGCAGCGCUGCGGGCCAUCCUGGACGACGCGCUGCCGAGCGGCCUGGCGGGCAGCGAUACGGUCCUGUACGAGGGCGAGCUCCUGGCCGGCGGGGUCGACCGGCCCUUCGAGCACGCGGCCGCCGAGGCCUGCAGCCUCACCGUGGUCUUCGGCUGGUCGGUGCGCUUCUCCGGGCAGGUCGCCGCCGAGGAGGUGGCCGCGCACGAGCCGGUGGCGAUGCGCUCCUCGCGCGGGAGGCUGCCUACCCCGUUCGCUGGCCCGCACCACGUGCGCUUCUCGCCGGACGCGGCGCAGCCUGAGGUGGCGCUGCCCGCUUCGGCUCGCGCCCCGAGGCGCAGGCGCAUCGCCACCCCCUUCCACAUCCCCGUGGGUCCCGAGGCGGCGCUCGGCGAGCAGAUCUUGCGUAGCGGUCUGGAGCUCUCGGCGCUUGGCAAGGCUUGGGCCUCGGAGUUCUGGUUGGCCAGUUGUACGCAGAAUUUGCGACGGCCGCUCGUCGAUACUCUGCAGUCGACGUUCUUGUGGAUAACGUCGGCCGCCUGCGACAUGGUCCGCGUGGCCAUGCUGAUGCUACUGAAUCUUGACGAGGAGCAGCAGCAGGAGGUCCUCGACGGCAUGGACCCCGCCUUCCACCGGGCCGUCUUCCAGCGGCCCGCCGUGCAGCUGCUGCCCUACCCGCUGCAGCGGCUCCUCCUCGGGCGGGAGGCCGCCGCGGGCGGCCCGAAGGCCCUGGGCUGGGGGGCGUGCCCGAGGCUGGCCCCGGACCCGAGGGCGAGAUCGGCGUCGGACCUCAGGGUGGUGGACAGGCAUCGAGGCAGAACGAAAAGGCACAGUCACGCACGUUUGGAGGUCCGCGCGGGUUUCUUGGAUCUGCUCUGGGCCGCCCUGGCGACGCCUCGGGUGGCUCCCUUGGCGCGCGCAGCGCACCAGGGAGGGGGUUUUCAGCACAGAUCCAAAAGAUGUGCGCGGACCUCCGAACGUUUACGCUUAUGUCGCCUUCUUUUCCUCUGGAGGACGAGAUCGGCCUCGGACCUCGGAGCGGUGGAGAGGCAGCCGUCGCUCUCCGCCGCGGAGCUGAGCCACGUGCUGCGGUGCACGCAGGAGGCGGCGUCGGGCUUCGCGGCGUCAGGCCUCCUCCAGGCCCGCGCGGGCCAGCGGCCGAGGCGGCCGGCGGACGCUGCCGCGCUGGAGGGGAUCCUGGCCAGGAAGGCCCGGGUCUCGGCGCUCUCGGCCGUGCAGACCCUCGCCAGCUCCACGACCUCGCUGGGCUACGAGAACGGUCGGAGAGCCGUCGGCGAGCUCGGAGCUGGCGUGCAGGGCCUGGCCGCAGACCCGACGGCGCGCGCCGUGGCGGCGUCCGCGGCUGGCGGCGCGGCGUUCUUCACGUUCGGCUUGUCCAUCCCGAUCGGGGCCGCCAUGGGCGCCGGGGCGGGCUGCUGCGCGGGUGGCGCCGCCGCCGGCUCUGCCGGCCUGGUGUGCGGAGGGGCUCUGGGCCUGCAGGCGUGCCGGGCGCAGGCGACCCUGGCCAUGAAGGAGCUCCGCAGGGAGGCCGAGCAUCGCCGCAAGGCCGCUUCGGAGCGCCGGAACGCCAAGCAGAGGGAGGUGAAUGCGUUGAAGGAGCAGAAGCGAACUGCCAAGGAGGCCAUGAUCAAGAAGGCGCAGGCCCUGAUGGGCGCCAAGGGCCAGGAGGCGGAUGGCAUGCUCGGGGAGAUGUCCCUCGGCAUCAUGGUCGAUGUGCUCAUGGCCCUGCCGCAGGCCGUGGAGAACCCCAUCUUCGUCAAGCGGCUCAACAGGGCGAAAGACGAGAUCACGCAGUCCGUCCAGGACUUCCUCAACAUCACGCGCCGGAAGUCGUCGAAGUUCGUGGUGGCGAGCAGCAAGGCCUCCGACGUGGAGCUCUCCUUUCUCAUGGCGCGCUACUUCCACGAGGCCUCCUUCCGGGUCAAGGCGCUGCAGUCGGACGCCCAGAAGGUCGCUCGGGACCUCAACGUCGUGAUGCCCCGGGAGCUCCGCCAGAGCUUCCUGCCCAUCGUCAAGCAGCUGCGAUCGCAAGCGGUCCCGCUGCGCGUCAACGCCAGCGAGCUCGCGAAGGCGACGCUGCCCGAGGCUUGCAGUCAGAUCUCCAGCGUCAUGGCGAACAUCAGCGACUACAACAACAAGCUGAGCACGAUGCACACGGGCCUGCACAACCUUUGGCAGAUCUCCGAGCUGAUGCUGCCGCACAUGAGCAAGGUCUACCCCCUGAAGUCGGUCGUCAUCGACACCGUCAAGGACUUCAUGUCUAUGGCGACCACCCAGGAUGUUGCCGGUCUUCAGGAGUCCUCGGACGAGAUCGUGACAAACAUCGGUCCCGUCGUCAUGGAGCGCAUGCAGUGCACCUGGUCCUCCGCGCGCGCCCACGGCGCGGGCAUCUUCGCCCUGCUGGCGUCUUUGGCCGGCUUCCUCUUCUACUGA